AUGGCGGACACCCUCGAACCACGAGGCACCCUCACACUGUACAAGGCGCAGAUACGCCCAUGUAUGGAGUACGGUGCCUUGUCUUGGAUGUCAAGUGCCACCGUCCACAUGCAGAGACUUGAUGCUGUGCAGCGGCGAGCCCUGAGACUUCCACACACAGCACAGAGGUGCACCAGAGAUGCGGCACGCAGUGACGAGCUAGUGCAGGUGCCCCGAUCUCGCUCAAGCCAACACCAGCGCACCUACACAGCCAGGACCUCAAGGCUGUGGAACAUUUUCGUGGCAACCCACAAGUGGCGAGGCAGGCACCCGUCGCGGCUGGUGAGGUUCUGGAAUGCCAAGGAGUGCCCUGCUAUGGAGAAACCUGCUGUUGUCAAAAUUCUUUGUGAUAUGAUUAUCGUGCCCGAGAUGGUUGGCUCAAUGGUUGGUGUUUACAACGACAAGACUUUCAACCAGGAUUGA